GUCCACCGUCUGAGCGCGUUCUGUCUCGACGAUGCCUCGACGAGACGAUUCGUCGAGCGAUCACGUGUCGACGAACGGGUCGAGGUGGAUCUCGAGAAAAGCGGACAAGACGAAGCGGCGUGUCAUCGCGACCGACCGCGGAAUUCUCUUCCGACGGUGCGGCUCCCUUCUGCUUCUUCUGCUUCUUCUUCCUUGUCGUCGUUCUCUGCUUCCCCUGUCCUCCUCCUCGUGUCCUUCUCCGAUCUCGAUCACCGUUCGCGCGACUUUACGUCGAAACUGCGGUCCCGCGUUCCUAUGGAAUCGUGGCAAACCCUACUGCGACCCCACCCACCCCCGCUGCUAGCUCCGCUCUUGGCGUACAGCCUAACACGCCACGUCGCUGCUUUCACCCCACGACCCCUGACGCUUCACGGGGGUGAGAUUUCCAGCUGGACGAUCGAUCUCGCCGGAACCGCCAUCCCUCGGAAGGCGCCGAGUCAACGUCGAUAAGACGCUCCUCGUCGGAUAACGAGUCUCCGUUGUUCGUUUUUCGAUCGAGCCAACCCCGCGGCUCACCCACCAGAUGGAACGACGCGUUCGAUUCGUUUUCCGAGUCUCGGUCGCGUCGCACUCCUCGUACCGACUCGAACUUUCUUCGACGCGAGGCGGCGCGGGAAAAGCGCGCGAGACGCGACCGGUGGGAAAAUCGCGUGCUUCGAACGCGAUCAAGUAUGCAUCGUCGAACAAACUUUUCUCUCGACGUUUCGAUAAUGAUAGGUGUUCGAGGUCCACCUGUCGCGUUCCUGUAGAUCUCGACUUGUCGUUCCCACGCCGAUGCUCCCCGCCCUGUACGGACUCCGAAAGAGACAGACGGGUCGCGCGACGAGUCGAGCACAGAUGAAACGCGAAACAGCGAGCUUCGAUCGGUCGAUCGGUUUCAACUUGUUCCUUUUGAGACUGGCCGGGGUGAUCUCGCGCGGGGAACGAUCGGUCGAAAGACGUGCGUUGGCGUGCUUGGCGUUCUUCUGCAUGUCCGUUUACAGCGUCUCGUACGUGUACGAGUUUCUGAGACGCGACGGCCGUUCGAACGCCAACUUGGAAACCUUCACGCUGAUCACGUCGUUCGUGGGAGUGCAGACGAGGUUCGCGAUGUUGCUGCUGCACCGUGGCACCUGUCAGACGAUGUUGACCGAGUGCGAGCUGCUCUGGUCGAGAUUGAACUCGCGGGAGAAAAAAGUCGUUGGAAAUUACGCGAGGAGAUCGAACCGACUGGCCAUUACGUACGUCGUCAAUUGCCAACUGACCAUUUUCGCGUACGUGGCGGUCGCUCUGGUCACCUCCUGGUUGCCCGACGACUCGAACGUGGCUCGCGACGCGGUAAACGCUAGCAACGUUUCUCUGGAUCUCGAAAACGCGCGACAUUUGCCGUACGCGUUUUUCCUGGAGGUUCGAGGGAGCCCGUGGUACGAGAUCGCGUGCGUUCUUCAGUUCUUUUCGGUGACCAGCGUCGGCUUGACCAGCGUCGGAGUAGACACGACCGCCGCCAUGUUCGCGUUGAUCGCUUGCGGCCACCUGGACGUGAUACGAUCGAGGGUCGAAAGCUUGCGCUCCGUUGAUUCGAACAGCGUACAGGAGGACCUUCGAAAUUCUUUGAUCCAUCAUCAAGUGAUACUCGAAUUUUGCGAGCGAAUCGAACGUUGCACGAACGUGAUACUUCUGACGCAAAUGAUGCUCAGCACGUACAACGUUUCCCUGGUCGGCUUCAAGUUAGUCGGGGACGAUCCUAACAAGUUCAAGUACGUCACGCAACUGCUGAUCGCCGUGAUUCAAUUGCUCUUAUGCAACUGGCCCGCGGAUGUUCUUCUCGCGAAGAGCCAAGCUAUCGCCGUCGCCGCGUACAACUCGCCUUGGUACCGAUGGUCCGCCAGCUCGCGGACGCCGAUCGCCGUUCUGCUGGUCAGAGCCCAGAAACCGGCUCGCUUGACCGCCGGGAAAUUCGUCGUACUCUCGUUGGACACUUUCGGCUCGAUGAUAUCCACCUCGGUGUCGUUCUUCACCGUCGUCAGAAGCAUGAAUUAGCAAGCGCACUUUGUUCGAUUCGUUUGUAUCUAAAGUAAAGUACGAUGCAAGAAAUUUGACGUUGAUGUUUGUUCGGUAAAUAGCGUCGAUACGAAUCGGUUAAUUCGACUGGAAGGAAACGGAGGACCGCGUACGUGCAGAGAACGCGGAAUCGAAGGUUGAAAAGGUUUUCCACGUAGCUGGAACCGAAACGAUUCCGCUCGUUUUUCUUCGUUUUGCGAGACAAAUUUUUCGCGAGCAAACGCGCGCCUCGAAUAUUGGCCGAAAGAAGGAAAACCACGUUUUCGUCUCGGCUCGCGAGUUCCUCGCGGAGCUUUUAGUUCGUUCGUUAUCGUCGAGAAACUGCGUCCUCGAUUGGCUUUCCCAUGGCCGAUCACGUUCGUCUCGUUCCGAUGUUCGUCGAACGUCUGUUCGAGACAGACGACUGACGGGAAAGAAAUCAAGAUGUAAUCGAAGGGAUAAAUAAAUAAGAGGAUAAAGAAACGCGUUGAUACGAGGCGAAAUCGCGCGAUACAGGGGAGGCGCGAAUAGAGGUCGACCCGACGCCACGUUUCUCGUAUUCUUUGGCAAUUACGGGUAAAGUGGAUUUUUCUGUAAUCCCGCGAUAUCGUGUCACGAGAUUUCUCCUCGACGACGUCGACCGAGUCGUUCGCCUUUUCGCGUUGCCGGCGAAACGCCGAGGAAGAACGGUGGUAAAGGGCGAACGAAAGCGAUCGAACGGAAAUACCGCCACGCCGUGCCGAGUGGGCGACGCUACUCCGAAGGCAAUCUUCGCCGACGGCGGUGUACCGCGAUCCGUUCCUUCUCGAAUUAAUUACGCGGGAGAUGGGUGUACCGAGAUAGAGGAGCGUCUGUCUAAGACAGGCCUUCUAUCCCGUUUCAGCCUAUUGUUGGAUACCUUUGGCCGUUCUCGCCGUGCCACGUCGUCAUCGACCGAUACGGAAUCCUUCGAGACGCGGUUACGCCGAUCCAACGGCGAUGCUCGAACGCGUCGCUUUAGCAACAAGUUGCAGUUCGCGUCCGUCUUCUCCGGAGUUUCCUAAAAUCAACAAGUGAAUUCGCUUCCUGGCUGGAAUUUCUAUAUCGCUUUCUACUUUGGCUCCACAGGUGGUAACGGCAGAUAGAAUUCGCGCGAUUCGGCCACGCUUCGAUCGACGCGGCGUCCACCGAUCGCGUUCCAGCGAAUCGCCGGAUUCGUCGGGAGUCGGCUCCGACUACUCGUCUUUCGUCUCGCGUCUGUCGAUCGAUCGCGUUUCCUCGCCACUUACGCGACCAAUAGCUGGAAAAAGGCUGGAACGUAGCCGGCGACUCCGUUUCUGGUACGUGAUAAAAGCCGGUUUAAUAAAGAGCCGGCGGCGGUACGCGCAUCGAGAAUUCUUCGAAGGGUUCGCGUUCCAUCGGUCCUCGAAUCGCAUUCCCACCGUACAACCCCUAGCUCUUAAUCUCGAUCUUAAUAACAUCCCCUGUCCGACCGUCUGACCUUUUUUUCGUUCGCCGAAGAACCGACGCAAAAUUAUACGCGUCGCGGGCGUUCGCGAAGGACGCGGCUGAUCCGAAGCACGGCAACGAACGACGUAGACAGCGGGACGAAUAGGGCGUGAAAAGACGAAGAAGAGGAAUCGGUGGAGAAGAGUCGAAAGGAUCUCGAGACAAGAACGUCGAAUAGGAUGGGGCGAGGGUGUGGGCGAGGGGGAGGAUGCAGGAUAGGACAGGGUUAACGCGGAAGCGAACGGAAUCGAGGGAAGAGAAGCGUAGCGAGAAAGGGGCGGGAGCGGGCUUUCGAAGUGGGGGCUUUCGGAGGCGCGAUGGACCAUGCGCUUUCGACUCGGUUAAGGGACCGUGGAUCUUCGAGGAUCGAGAAGAGAGGCGACGAGCGACGGGCAACGGGCGACGAACGACGGGAGAAGAAGCGACGGAGAGACGCGUACGCGAACGACGCGACGGUGGGCAGAGAGCGCGACAGC